AAAGUGACAGCUAUCGAGUUGGUGUUAUCUUGAUAAACUCGCUUUCAAAGUGAAAGUAGAUUGAUUUUUCCGCUAGUAUUUUUAUUUGUCGAUGUUGAAGUGAGCAUGUACUCUUGAGUAAAGGUGUUUGGUAACAUUUUCUGGUGGACCUUGAAUUGAAAAGAUGGCUGAUGAAGUGGAGUCCGAUGAUGAUUUUGAUGUCAUUCUGCCCUCUUUGAUCAAGCAAUUUCAAAAUAUCCUACGCAGAUAUCCAGAUAAUGGACAAAUUCUUAAGGAAAUAAUUCAGAAUGCUGAGGAUGCUGGGGCCACAGUGGUGAAGUUUUUGUAUGAUGACUGCUGCCAUCUGGUGGAUGGUGAUGACACUGGGGGAUUUAGCCAUCCUGGUCUCAAGGAAUUUCAGGGCCCCUCGUUAUUUGCAUACAAUGAUGCAGUUUUCACCAAAGAAGACUGGAAAGGCAUCUGUAUGAUAGAUGACAGUAUAAAAGAGGAGGAUGCUUUGAAAGUGGGGAGGUUUGGCCUGGGUUUCAAGUCUGUUUUUCAUAUUACAGAUCUUCCCUGUGUACUAAGCAAACAGUACAUUGCUAUGAUUGAUCCCUACAGAGAAUAUUUCCAACCAAAGGCAGCUGAAAAAUGGCGUCUUAAAGAUAUAGCAGGCUUUCACCAACAGUACAAACCAUUUCUUGGUGUAUUUGAUUGUUCUGCUGAAACAUUUCAAGGGAACUCCUAUAAUGGUACCAUGUUCCGUUUCCCUCUUCGUAAUGCUGGUCAUGUUCAACAUCAUCAUGCUCAACCCAUAAGCAGCAAUGUGUAUGAUGGGGACAGUAUCAAAGAACUAUUUGAAGCCUUCCAAGAGGAGGCGCUCCUGGUGUUACUUUUCCUUAGGUCUGUUGAAAGGAUUGAGAUGUACAGACGAGAUCAUAAGGAAACCAAGUUGCUAUUUGCUGUAGAAAUAAGUAACAUUGAAGAUGUCAAGAAUAAGAGGCAACAGUUCAAUAGCAAGUUACCAGAUUAUUUGAAAAGCUUACGAGAUAGCAAUAAAGAACUAAUUCCCUUGAGAGAGACAUAUCCCAUAAUUCUGAAGGCUGAAAACCAUCAGAAUAAACAGAAAAAUGAACAGACCUAUUUGGUCACCUCUUUUUGUAGUGGUACCAUAAAGUCUCAGGAAUUUGUGAAAAAACCAGACUGUGUGAAGAACAUCCCAUUGGUAGGUAUUGCAAUGCCUUUGAUGUUGAACAAUCCCCAAGAGGGGGUGCUAGUUUCAGAUUCUGAUCAUAAGACCAAUGAUGAGAAUUUAACUGCUAGAGAAGAUUCACCAAAUUGCCCAGAUCCAGUAGGAAGAUUUCACAGUCAAGCAAUAAGUCCUUGUGCAUUGCCACACGGAAAUGCUCCAAGUGUUGAGAAGAAGACAUCUGGCCAUGUGUUUUGCUCACUUCCAUUACCUCUGGCUGAUAGUCGAGGCACAGGUCUCCCAGUUCAUGUGAAUGGCUUCUUUGAACUCACCCCAGAGAGAAGUGACUUACAGUGGCCCACCACAGAUGACAAGCACACACAGGACAAGUCCAAGGCUUGGAACCAUCACUUGCUGGUGGACGUCCUUCCCUGUGCAUAUAAGGAGCUUCUUUUUCAAGCUACAAAGGAUCAAGGUAUCCCUAUCUCUCCCGGGCAGGUUAUUAGCUGCUUCCCAGAUGAGGAAAAGGUGGAUGAAAAGUGGAAGAAGAUAAUGCCUAAAGUCUAUGCACAUCUCUUUCAGUGUAACAUGUUUUACACUAAGGCCUAUGGUGGCAAGUGGAUCUCUCUUGAUGUUGCUUUAAUUGUAAAUUUUCUAGACAAUUCAGCCCUGUGUGAGGCAGUAUAUGAAAUCAUGCUGUUAACAGGGCACUGUCCUCUCAAACUUCCACCAUGUGUGCUUGAUGCUAUCCAGGACUUUCACCCUGAAAAAGACCGAUUGAAUUUCGUCUCUAAAGAUGUCAACCACAAGCUUGUGAAAGAUUGUCUGGCCAGUCACGAUGGUUAUUGCAAGUUCCCACCCAAUCAGAAGUUUGAACUGCUGAGGUAUCUACUUGAUAAUCUGCCAGUUGUUAAACUCCAUGGUUUGAAACUUUUGCCUUUGGCUGAUGGUACAUUUACAACAUUCUCUUCAAAACAAGGAUCUCAGCCUGUAUACAUAGCUGCAAAUGACAUGAUACAACUAUUUGCUGGACUUGAAAAAAGGUUCCUGCAUUCCAGUGAUGAAAUCAUCAAAGAAAAAUUGAUACAAUCAGUCAAACAAGGCAGGAGUGAAACUCAACUGUGUAUGCUUGAUGAAGAGGGGUUCAGUCAACUUUUACCUGAAGCAGUCCAAGCAAAAAAGUUGAAAAACAACACAGGCCUAGAUCCACAAAACAGAGCCUGGCUUGAUAAAGUGUGGGGCUACCUGUGCCAGAAUUUCCAAGAUUUGCAGAGGUUUGAAGGUUUGCCAAUUCUUCCAGUUCAUCUUAAUGAUGGAAGGGAUGUUCAGUUACAUCUGCCAGCAAGAUCAUCUUCAAUUAGCAUUCAGCUUGUACAGCACCAAGGUAAAAGCAUAUGUCUAAAUAUAAAGAAGCUUCUGCAAACCCUUGAUGUGUUUCUUGCAGUUUCAGUGCUUGAUAAGGCUGGAAACCACCAAGCAAUAUUUGAUAAUCGGGUAGCUCUCCCCUCACCAGAUGGUGUAUUACAGUCCUUGUCAAGGCAGUACCAAUACAAAGGAAAUGAAGUUAUAACUGCCUUCAACAAACUUGAUGCUUCUGUUAGAAAAGCCUUCAGAAAAUUCAUAUCACAAUCUGGUGACAUAGGAUGCCACAAGGAUGUAAUGAGGAAGUUUGAAAUCUUCCCAAUAAUUGAAAUUGGUUCUCAGUGUAACUCAGCUGAAUUUGAUGAAAAAGCAAAGAUGGACGAAAAACUGCUGGCACUGGAUGAUGCUAAGGAUGCAGUGAAAUUGAAAUAUCUUCCCCAGGUGUCGUUACCUUGGGCCAUUAUAGAUGUUACUUUGCCUGAGUGUGAACAUCUUGUGAAGGUCCUUGGCCAGUGUGUCAUCCACACACAAGUGUCCAUAUUCUCCACACAUAUCCUACCAGAGCUCAAAAAGGGUGGCGUUUUUGCAGAAAGGUACAUGAAAGAUAUUUCAUUGUUCAUGCUACAGCAUUAUGAGCUAAUCAAUGAAAAGGAAAUAGCGGAGCAGGUUCAACAUCUCCAUUGCAUUCCAAUCAAAAAUGGUUUUGCUCUGCCUAGUAAAAUUUGCAACCCACAAAGUAGAACUCUCCAAGAGUUAUUUAAAGAUCAGGAUGUCUUUCCACUUAAUCCUUUUACUGAGGGCACCAUCAUUCCACAACUGGUAAAAGUUGGCAUGAAAAAUGAAGAUGAUGUGACAGCAGAUGAUAUUUUGACGGCUGUCAAAGAUGUUGAGACCAGGGCAGCUACAACAGCAGACCCAACUAGUUGUGAAGUGUUGAAAAGAAAGUCCCAGGCCAUUGCCUCUUUCCUUGGGAAGCGACCAGAACUGCUUCAACAGUUUCCCUCAUCUAUUCCUAACCAUAGGUGCCAUCUCAAAGGCCUUUUGUUGGACCUUCACUGGUUGCCCAUGUGUUGUGAGCCACCCCAAAAUAUACCAUAUCCUAGAAGGCUACCUUGGUGGAGGGAUACUUGUUUGUUCCAAAAGCCAAGCUCUCUAAAGAAGAUGAACAAGGUAUCAACAUACUUGAUAGGUUCUGUGCAGCCACUUUGGGAAGGAAUACCAGGGGAAGAAGAAGCUGAAGCCUCAAUUGUUGAACAUUUCAAUAUGGACUCCCUACCAGAUGUCAGGUCUGUAGUUCAGCAGCUUGCUGUUCUUCAGCAGAAUUACAAUGAAGAAGAAAAAACAUUGUUUGAAUUGAUGGUAAAGGAGAUUUACCACUUUUUGGAACAGCAUGCAGAAGCUGCCUUAGCAGAGGUUGAUAAGCAGGCUCUCAGCCAGUGGAUUUGGCAUGGCAAUGGGUUUGCUUCUCAAGAUCAGGUGCUUUGUUCAGACUCUGCUUUAGACCUCAGGCCGUAUAUGUACACAGUACCAGAUUUCUUUGCAAAAGAUCACUUAAAAUUCAAAAGUUUAACAUCUUUUGAGCCAUACCUUGAUGUUCUCAUGCAGAUGAAACAAAAAUAUGAUGGUUUCCAGCAAUUUCCACUUGGCAUCUUGUCCAACAGUAAAAGUUCAGACCUCAAACUUUCAGUUGAAAUUCUGAACCAACUUUCAAAAUUUGCAAAAGAUGGGGACAUUAAUCCUGAUGAAGUAUGUGUCCCAAUGCCACUCAGAUCUAGAGGACAACUUAGAUUUGAGUUUAGCAAUAAAUGUGUCUUCCUUGAUGCAGAGCAUAUGGACAAAGAUGUAACAAUUCAGUUAAAAAAAGAAAAUGUCCAUGUUUUGCACAGAGAUAUUCCAAUUGCAACAGCAUAUAACUUGAGGGUACCUCCCUUAUUGAGAUAUCUGUUGAAGCCAGAGGAUCUGCCAUUUGAGGAGUUUGGUCAGGGCCAGUCAUUGUGCAGCAUUAUCAGCAAUAUUCUAGAGGGCUACCAAGAUGGUUUUGCUUUUAUAAAGGAGAUGAUUCAGAAUGCUGAUGAUGCUGGAGCUACAGAGGUUCGAUUUUUGUAUGAUGCACGACAAAACAAAAAUUACCGCAAAAGUCUCAUUGAUGAGGGGAUGGCAGAAUGUCAGGGACAGGCACUGUGGGUCUACAAUGAUGCUGUAUUUGAGCCUGUUGAUUUUAAGCGUAUUAUUAAAGUUGGUGGUGGAAUGAAGAAAGAAGAUGCAGCAACCAUUGGUAGAUUCGGAAAAGGGUUCAAUAUUGUUUAUAACAUUACAGACACCCCCAGUUUCAUCAGUCAGAAUAAUUUUGUCAUCUUUGACCCAAAUGCACAUCAUUUGGGUAGAGCCAUUAAGGACAAAAGCAAGCCAGGUGUGAAAAUUGACUUGGAUAAGACACGCAAUAGAGAGAUGAUAGCAGAUCAACUUGCUCCAUUUGAGAACAUCUUUCACUGCCAGAUAAACAACAGAUUCAAUGGAACUCUGUUUCGACUUCCACUGAGAACAAAGAAGCAGUCACAAAAAACAGAACUUAAACCAGGAAAACCAUACAUAAAAAAGAAUGUGUUAGAUCUUUUUAGGUUGACUAUAGAAAGAUCAGAAUCACUUUUGCUCUUCAUUCAGAAUGUGGUCAAGUUCUCUUUGUGGUAUCUUCCCACAAACGCAAAAGAUCCAAGUGAUGCUGUUGAGAUCUUUAUUAUUGAGAAACACAUACCGAAGAGGUGUAUAAAACCAGUUGUCAAUUAUAAGACAACACUCCCGAAGCCAGCAAAAAAGCUGGAUAAAGAGAAACGGCAAUUGAUCCAGGCAACUAGAAUAUUGCACGCUGCAAGUAAUGCUGUACAGAAAAAAGACCACACAGAACUCAAAUGCACGUGCCGUUUUCACAUUACAUGCAGAACUCUGCCCCCUGGUGGAAAGCUUCUUAAGAUGGUUCCAAAGGAUGAAACCAGAGAGUACUUUUUAACAUCCUAUAUGAGCACAGGGGAGGCCUUCAACCUGGCAGUUGAAGGAAAAAUCCAAGGCACACUGCCUGUUGCAUCAAUAGCUUUACCAGUGCAGUCACAUGGAAAUAAGCUAGAACCCCUGCCAUUGGAUCUUAAUAAAGGUGCACUGUUCUGUCAGCUCCCGUUGCCUAUUUCUACAAACCUUCCAGUGCAUGUCAGUGGCACAUUCCUCACAACAUCCUGUAGAAACCACUUGGUGCAGAGAUCAGCAGAUGACAGGCAGAAUGUAAUGGCAGAAUGGAAUGAAGCAUUACUUCGUGAAACUUUGCCUAAAGCCUAUAUCUUCUUUUUGGAAAAGUGCAAGGAAAAUUGCAGCAUUGGUAGGGAUUUCCAUAUCCUUUGGCCAGUGGAAGUUGAAAAAAUCCCAAAAUAUUUUUGCAUUCAUUUUGUACAGACUUUUCACAGGAAGCUGAUGGAACUCAAUGGACCAAAACUUCUUACAGAUGGUCAUUGUUGGGGAAAUUUCCAUGAAAUAGUAUAUCUGGAUCCAUCAUUUCAAGACAAGGUUGGCAUAGGGCAAGUUGCCUACAAUAUACUCAGUUGGUGGGUGAAGAAACAGCCUGGAAACAAAAUUGCAGUUCAGUUACCAAUGAAAAUUGUUGAAGAGUUUAGAUCACAUGGUCUAGAUUUCAGCAAUGAAUACAGCAGACAUCGGUUCUACAAGGAAGUUUUCUUUGCUAACAUAGCGGAGAUGCAAGCUUUUGCAGAAUGGAGAGAUACUUUGAUGCUCAAGGAUGUCCUGCCAUCUGUAACCAAUGAUGAGGAAAUGGCAAGCCUUGUAAGAACCCAAAAGUGCAUUCCUGUCAUGCCAUCAGGAAAUGUGCUUGAAUUACCUGGGAAAUUGGUCUGCCAAGAGGGCUCACAAAGCAUACUGUACACUGAAGAGGAUGAAGUGUUUCCUUUUCAACAAUACAAAGAACAGACCUACCAUUUACAAAAGUUGGGAAUGCGGUACAAAGUGGAAGACAUCACUUGGGCUGAAGUAUGUCAUUGUGCCAAACGAACUCUGUCGAUUUCAGAGAGAACCACCAGGAUUGCACGUAUAUUGAAUAUUUUAAAAUUUAUUGGAUUGAAGAGAACAGGGAAUAUUGAUGUUGAUGAUAGGGAAAAAUGCGAAGUUCAAGAAUUGAAGUCUGUACCUUUUUUGCCAAUUUUGCAAACUUCCUCAGAAUAUCCUUUGCCAUUGUUUGACCUCAAAGAAAAAAAAUCAACCCAAGAUAUAUUGUAUGAGGCUCCACAGAAAAUGGGACUAUUGAAGGAUAUUGAUCUGGUUGGAUCAGCAAUGCCCAUAGUUGAUGAAACGCUUAUCACAAGCAGUGCAUGUACACGUGGCCAUAUUCCUCAAGAGACCUUCCAGUUUAUAGGUUGUGUGACAAACCAUGGUAUUGAAACUAUCCGAGUGCAGAUGAUGGCUGCAAUCAAUUAUUGGUUGAAGGGAAUACACCCCGACAAGUUGUCAGGUGCACAGAGGUUGAUGUGGAAUGUUUAUUCAUACUUGCAAGAACUGUGCAAACAAGAACAAAAACAGCAAGACAUCAGUAGUGCUUUCAAAGGACUCCCAGUUGUGUUGGUAGAUGAUCACUUUGUCCAACCCAGAGAUGUAGUGUUUUCUUUGAAGAACUCUUGUGAACCUUAUCUGUUUGCACUACCAAACCAAUAUAAAACCCAGUUUGAACAGCUUUUCAAAUGUCUUGGAGUCCGUCGUCAUUUUGAUGCUGUUGACUACAUCGUUGCUCUAAGAAAAUUGUCAGAAACAAAAGUCACUGGUGAAGAAAACACUACUUCAGUCAUUAAAAAAGCAGAGGCUGCUGCCAAUAUGCUUGUUGAACAACUCAAAGAAGAGUCAAAAGACUUACAGAUAUUAGGGGAUAUAGUUUUACCAGAUAUCCAUGGAAAAUUCCGAAAGGCAAAUCAACUGACAAUGUGGAGUCCCCAUUUGCCUCAGAGAAAAGUUUUAUUUCUACACCCUGAUAUUAGGAUACAUGGCUAUGAAUAUUUAGGAAUUAAGCAACCACAUGAAGGAAUACUGAGUGAGUACUCGAGCAGUAUCCCUUUUGGACAGCAAGUGCAGUUAGAAACAAGCAUCACAAGAAUCCUUAAAGGUUACAGCCCAGAGGAUCUGUUUAAAGAGGUUCUGCAAAAUGCUGAUGAUGCUAGAGCAACUGAGGUGCAUUUUGUGCUUGAUCAACGCACACACAAAUCAGAAUGCGUGCCUGGAAAAAACUGGGGAAAGAUGCAAGGACCAGCACUUUGCAUAUUCAACAAUGCCCCAUUUACUGAUUCAGAUUUGACAGCAAUUGCCACUUUAGGGAGUGACCACUGUGAAAUGGAGAACAAGUCCAGAAACCCCUACAAGACAGGGCAGUUUGGGAUUGGUUUCAACUCAGUUUACAACAUUACUGACACACCAUGGAUUGUUACCCGUGGGUCUUCUUUUGAAGUCUUGCAGGACCGCCAGGGUAAAUAUGAGGAUAUAUGUUGUGUGUUUGAUCCUCUGCGGAAGUAUGUUCCAGGAGCAACAACAGGCUCCCCAGGACAGCUUUUUAACCUGAAGGAACUAGCUGAGGAUUACCCAGAUGUCAAAAGCUGUUUGUUGGAAGAGCAGUUUGACCUACAAGGAAAAACUCUAUUCCGAUUACCCUUGAGAAAUCCCCCACAAGAUGCUUCAUGUACAGACCAAGACUUGCCUGCCUGGAAGUCAUUAGAUAUAAGAAAAGUUAAGGAUCUGCUGGAGACAUUCAAAGCUCAAAUGCCACAGAUGCUUCUCUUUCUGAAGCAUAUCAGAAAAAUACAUGUAUCUGAGAUACACAGCAGUACAGUAAGAAUACAUAAGAAUAAGGUCCUUAAGAAUACAUUUUCAUCCACAAGCGAAGUUACUCGAAAAUUUCUUCAGUGACUAUGACUCAUUUCAGGAAAAUG